UUGCGGGGAAAGCGCUCCGUCUGGUCCGUGCGCUAUCACGGCCCGGUGCGUGGCUCGGGCACGGGGGGAGCUGGAGACGCGUGGAGCCGUUCGAGGACUCGCGGGUGUGCAGGUCUGAGUACCACUCCGAUCCCUGGUGGAGGUCUCCGCGCCUCUCUGGAGACCAGUGGUCUGGCCCCAGAGUGCACCUAUGAUAUGUGUUUUAGAAAUAGCUGUUAAACUUUGGUUUGAAUGAAGAAUGUCUCUCAAUUCACCUAUAUUUCUCAAACGAAGUGAAGAAAAUAAUUCAAAAUUUGUGGAAACAAAACAGUCACAAACUACUUCCAUAGCUUCAGAAGAUCCCCUUCAAAACUUAUGUUUAGCAUCUCAAGAAGUUCUUCAAAAAGCUCAGAAAAGUGGGAGAUCAAAAUGUCUCAAAUGUGGUGGUUCCAGAAUGUUCUACUGCUAUACAUGUUAUGUUCCAGUUGAAAAUGUACCUAUUGAACAGAUUCCACUUGUGAAGCUUCCAUUGAAGAUUGACAUCAUUAAACAUCCAAACGAAACAGAUGGCAAAAGUACUGCUAUACAUGCAAAACUCUUAGCACCUGAAUUUGUAAACAUUUACACGUAUCCUUGUAUUCCAGAAUAUGAAGAAAAGGACCAUGAAGUUGCACUCGUUUUUCCUGGACCUCAGUCUAUCUCAAUAAAAGAUAUUUCUUUUCAUUUGCAAAAAAGGAUUCAAAAUAAUGUUAGAGGCAAAAAUGAUGACCCUGACAAGCCAUCUUUUAAACGCAAAAGAACUGAAGAACAACAGUUCUGUGAUUUGAAUGACGGCAAGUGCAAAGGCACACCACUGAAAAAAAUUAUAUUUAUAGAUAGUACCUGGAACCAAACAAACAAAAUAUUCACUGAUGAGCGACUUCAAGGUAAAAAAAAAAAAAUGUUUUUUUGGACUGUUCCUCCCUCAGACUUGUUUUGAAAAAGCUUCAAACUUAUAGAUAAUUUGAAAGAAGAGUUGCAUUGAAUACCUAUACAUUUUGCCACGUUGACUUUAUUUCUCUAUUUCUCUUUAUUAUAUAUGUGAGUGUGUAUUUAUAUAUUAUAUAUAUUUUUGAUUGAUCAGUUAAGUUUCGGGCUUUGUAACACUUUACCCUUAAAUAUUAAGUAUACAUUUUCCUUUUUUUGUUUGAGACAGUCCCAGUCUGUUGCCCAGGCUGGAGUGCAAUGGUGCAACCUUGGC